AUGCCCGCCCUCAUCUCCUCCCUCGCCCUGCGCACCCUCCGGACGCUCGUCCAGCGUCCCGCCACCACCACCACCCCCAUCCGUUCCAUCAAGACCGCUGCCACUGCUGCUGCUGCUGUCCCCCGAUUCACCCCCGUCCUCCGCACGCCCACCGCUCUCGCAGCCCUCACCACCAGAACCCCCGCUUCACAAAUCGCCCUCGCCGCGGCGGCGCGCCGCUCCUUCUCCACCUCCCCCUCCAGGUCCGCGACCUACAACCAAGUCCGCCGCGGCUGCCGCGUGGCGCAGAAGGCCCGGCGCUCGCGGUCGCCCGCCGUGACCGGCCGCGCCCAGAUGAAGGGCGUCUGCCUCAAGACCGGUAUCACGAAGCCCAAGAAGCCCAACUCCGGGGAGCGGAAGACGGCCCGUGUGCGGCUGAGCAGCGGCAAGGUCGUCACGGCUUACAUUCCUGGUGAAGGUCACAAUAUCCAGCAGCACAGUGUCGUCAUGGUCAGAGGUGGCAGAGCCCCCGAUUGUCCCGGUGUGAAGUACCACUUGGUUCGCGGGGCUAUGGAUUUGGGUGGUGUUCCCAAUCGCUUGACGGCCAGAUCUAAGUAUGGUACGAAGAAGCCCAAGACGGACUAAACGUCCGCAAGAUGCGUGCAUCGGGGAAUUAUGUUUGAGUCUAGCUGGAUGAUAUGUUGAUUCCCUGCAGGGGGGCUCUAUCCUUGUACUAUUUUGGUUGCUUUCUUUUUGUUUUCGUUUUCAUCUUCAAAGGCAUUCGGUUCAUCGUUAAAACAGCUAUGUACAUUUAUGAGACAGUCUCUGGAAAAGAUAACACUUUCCAUCU